UACUAAACCAAAACCAAGAGUUUGAAAGAAGAAAAUGUAGCAAUAAACAAAUAUAGUCCAAACGGUGCAAGCAAAGCAAAGUUGUUAGCUAAACAAACAACCACUAUCCUUUGACUCCAUCAUCUUUUCCCUCUAUAGACCCAUUUUCACCACACCAUUGUUUCUCUUUCUCUGUAUUACUCUACAGUUUCAAUUCUCCAUGGCUGGGGUGCCACCUCCACUGGGGAUGAACUCUAGGAGGAACAGCAACAACACCAUGGUGCACCCAAUGGAGGUUGUCACUGACCCAUCACCACAAGGUGGGGCUGCAACAAUCCCAAUUCAAUACUACAGGGAGGAGAAGCAUGACAAGAAUUGGUGGUCUUGGUUGAUCCCGGUUUUUGUUGUUGCUAACAUUGUUGUUUUCAUCAUCACCAUGUAUGUCAACAAUUGCCCCAAGAACUCUGUCUCAUGUGUUGCAAGGUUUCUGGGUCGUUUCUCCUUUCAGCCUUUCAAGGAGAAUCCCCUCUUGGGUCCUUCUUCAUUGACGUUGCAGAAGAUGGGGGCUCUUGAUGUGAAUAGAGUGGUCCACAGACACCAGGGUUGGCGCCUCAUCUCUUGUAUGUGGCUACAUGCUGGGGUUGUCCAUCUAUUGUCAAAUAUGCUGGGUAUUCUAUUCAUUGGAAUUCGGCUAGAGCAAGAAUUUGGGUUUGUGCUUAUUGGAUUGCUAUUUGUCAUAUCUGGAUUUGGGGGGAGUUUGCUUUCUGCUCUUUUUAUUCAGUCAAACAUUUCUGUCGGUGCUUCUGGUGCACUUUUUGGCUUGCUCGGAGGCAUGCUUUCGGAACUCAUCACUAACUGGUCUAUGUAUGACAAUAAGUUUCCAGCACUUUUCACCCUAGUGCUCAUCAUUGUUGUCAAUCUCGCAUUGGGGAUUCUCCCACACGUGGACAAUUUUGCUCAUAUAGGAGGCUUUCUUUCAGGAUUUCUUCUUGGAUUUGUGUUUCUGAUACGUCCUCAGUUACAAUUGGUAAACCAACGAUACGCUCCCCUACAAUAUUCUCCGGGACGACCUAAGCGUAAAUUCAAGACAUAUCAGUGCAUAUUAUGGGUCCUCUCUCUGAUCAUUCUAAUUGUUGGGCUUUCUGUUGGGCUGGUUGCACUUCUCCGCGGUGUUGAUGCUAAUGAUCACUGCUCCUGGUGCCAUUAUAUGUCUUGUGUUCCAACUUCAAGAUGGAGCUGUCGUACAGAGGCAGCAUAUUGUUUGUCAGACCAGCUUGGCAAUCAGCUGAACGUAACAUGCUCAAGCAAUGGUAAAUCCAGUAUAUACUACAUGCAAGAUCCAACUAGUUCCCAGAUCCAGCAAUUGUGUACUCAGCUUUGUAGUUGAGUUUUGACAAAAAGAGAUUAUCUAUGGAAUGAGAUGAUUAUUUGUUGAUAGUGUCUAGGCUCUCGUGAAAUACUACAGUGCUCUUUAGUUUAUACCUUUUGUCUUAUUCAGGAAAUAAGAUAAAAAAGCAAAACAUACUUUACCCUUACGAUAUUGUUUAUUAUCCCCUCGUGUAUAUAAUACUGAUUGAUAUGCAUUUUUUUGGAACCUAUUGUGUGCUCAGAUGAAAGUUACACUUGCAGAUGCUUUGUAUUAUAAAAGGAAGUUGUUACUUCAAUAAAAAUAGUGUUUCAUGUUA